AGUCUAUGCUCUAUGAAAUGAACAGCUGUUAGGGCGCAGAUGUCAACAAAGUAACUGUAAAUGUGUAUUUAUUGACCUCAUAUAUGUUUCUAUUUGUUACUAUCAAAUACUGGUGUCAUUCGCUUCAAAAAAUAUUUCUGAAGGUUGAUGUCAAGUUUUUAAUUUGAUCAUCGUUUUUGGAAUAUCACAAAUAGACGGGCGAAAUCCCGCUAGAAAUGGCCGAAGGGAGCUGGUGGUCCAGUUGGAUAAAUACUGCUAAGUCCAAGGGAGCAGAAGUUUUAGAAUUUGUUAAGAAAGAUUUCAAUGAGAUAUCAACAGUUGUCAAGAAUGAGGCUUGUGUUAUUGCAAAUCAUGCAGCAGUAGCUGUAAAAGAUUCUUUGCAGGGUAUAAUAUUAACGUGCUAUUAACUACUACUACUACAUGUGGAUACAAAAUCUGGACAAGGAAGAUUCAACAGCUACAUCUGUAAAAAAAUCAUUGUCUUCAUUCCUUGAUCAGAUCUCUGAUGUGUUUGUGCCUCCAUCAGAGGAUGACCAGGUCUAUGUACCUCUGGUUGUGAAAGAUGGAGAACCUGUACAGUUGUCACCUAUCCAAAUGAAGUUAUACACACUUAUAUCAUCAGAGGGGACAUAUACAACGCCUAUUGAAUUGGAAUUCAAAGAUAGAUUUGAAGCAUGGCUUAAAGUAUCUGAAGAAAUUUUCACUAAUGUUAAAUACUUAUCAAUUUCACUUGCUUCAAACUCUAAACUACAGGAUAAAUAUACACAGCUUGUUCCUGAUAAGGUGUCUCACUCUGAUUUCUGGAAGAGAUAUUUGUUCAGAAAAGCUCUGCUUGAGGAUACAGAAGCUGAACGAGAGCGUAAAGAAGCUAGGCGAGGGGAGGAAGAGAUAGAAAAAGAGAAAGAAAUAUGUAAUGAAGAUGACAUUCUUAACGACAUUGAUUUCAGAGCAAAUGUUGAGCUGACCGAGGAGGAGCAAACACAACUUCUUGCCCAAUACGAAGCAGAGAUAAAGAAUGAAUUUGAUGUUUCCACAAUUCGUACUCGAGAAAAAAAAGACCUUGUAAUUGUAGGGUCAAACCUUACUUCACAGGCUUCCACAUCAAGUAAAGAGAGCAGUACAGAUGGUGAAUGGGAAAAAGAAUUUGAACUGGAAGAUGAGAAAAACUGAACAGCUCAAUUACCCAUCUUAAAAUCUUUGGUUAUUUAAGCAUAUAGCAGGAAUUUACGACAAGGUGGUCAGCUAACAGUUCAUUUGAGUGACCAAAAUGCUGAAAAUAGACCUUUUGUAAUAAAAAGUUGAAAUUUCAAAUUUGUAUAAGUAUGGUUUAAUAAAAUUUCAUUAAUAUAGUUAAUUAAAUAUCAAUAAUAUAUAAUUUUUUGUAAGUUAAAUAUUACUCUGGUUUAGUUACUUUAUUUUUUGCACAUUUAAAAACUAUAAUUUAUGUAAUUAUUGAUAGUUUUGUUUUUAGAAUUAUUGACAAAUAUGUUUUCUGUCAACACAAAAAAAAUUGUUAAGACAAGUUUUAUAUUUAAUUGAACAAACACAUUUAUGUUACAAUUUUAUCGGAAAUUUUACAUAUGAAUAGUAUGCAUUGAAAUAUUUGAAACAAAUUCACAUGUUAGAAAAUAUGUGAUUAAGCUAAUGAUUUUUCAAAAGAAUAUUUUUAUCAUUCUUAUAGGCAUUAAUAAUUGUUGUCUGCCAUAUGACUUUAUACCAUGGCUACUACUGGCUAUGUCUAGUUGAUAAUCAAAAACAGAAGGACAAAGCCUACAUUGCUUUGAGUAAUAAAUUUUGAAUUAAUUUCA